AUGAGGGAGGACCAUAGUGCUUUUGAGUAUGAUUAUGAGACUCUGCGAACCACUGGCGUCAUUCUCGCUGUCAUCAUGUUUGUAACCGGAAUCCUCAUAGCCCUGAGUAAAAAAUUCAAAUGUUCAAAGUCAUCCAAAUCGAGUCCUGUGGAACGGCUUCAGCCCCCCAAAACAGAAGUACCUGCUCAGUCAGUAUAG